AAUUGUCUGAUAUAAAAAAUAGUUUGGUGCUUUGAGCUCUGUUCUGCCCCAGGCUGGAAGUUAGAAAUGUCUUAAUUAGUUUUAGAAAGUUCUAUAGUAUUAAUUUAUCUGUAUUUUAUUUUGAAAGAGAAUUUUGAGAUUUUAGUGCAUUGUGGGUAGCAGAGGCAGUUGCAGUUUGGAAUACCUGUUCACAGAGAGAAAGCCUGGCUGUUAAUUUUCACUCAACCUUUCAUUGAGCUUUUCUACACCACGGCUCAAAGUUGUGUCAAGAAAACGUAUUAAAGGAGCAAGACGCUCAGCUUCCUGGCUCAUGAAAUUGAGUUUGGCUUGCUGUUGAUCUACGUUAACAUACACAGAGUAUUCAACACGUAGUGAUAACAGUAUAGUGAAAAGCCAUUCACAGCAGUUGGUGGAAGAUAAAACUCAUGACACAGUGAUGGACAACUCUCAUGAGGAAAAGGCAGAAGAAAUGGCUAACUCAGAAGCUAAAGCAUCAUCUAAAGCUAGCUUGAGAUCCAAACACUCUAGCUCUAAGCAUUCAUCCWACAAGUCAUCUUCUAAGUCCAGCGUAUUUGAAGCAACUCUCUUUGCACGAGCCUCUGCUGAAGCAACAAAUGCUAAAGCUUUCUACAGUAGAAAACAAUUGGAAAUUAAAAAGCAACGAGCAAAUCUAGAGCUGGAUUUKAAGAUGCUGGAGAUAGAAAAGGAAGCUGCAGCUGCUACAGCGAGAGCAGAGGUUCUAGAAGCUGCCGCAGCUGCUGAACAAGACAAAUAAGAGAGUGUAAAGAGUGCAGUCCCACCUCAAGUCGUCAGACAACAAACCGUGGAGUAUUUGCAACACCAAGCCCAGCUAAAGUCACAUUCGUCUAAAGAAGAAAUGCCUCAGGUCGAACCAGCAUUGAAAGCAUCAUCAUUCGACCCAAGGAGAUCUGGUCAAACUCCCUCUUCAYCGGUGCUCAUGAAAAUGUAUGGAAAAGAUKAACCUUUUGACACACCAAGAGACUAUGUCAGGYCCAACAGUUACCAUGAYCCCCACCACAAUUACCCACCUAUGACUGACUUUGCUAAGUUCCUUGCACGUAGAGAGUUAAUCACWACGGGGCUCUUUAAGUUCGACGACACCCCUGAAAAUUUCAGGGCAUGGAAGUCRUCAUUUUCGAAUGCAACUGAAGACAUAGAUCUCACAUAUAGUCAAGAGUUGGAUCUCCUAGUGAAAUGGCUCGGUAAAGAGUCCUCAGAGCAUGUCAAGAGAAUCAGAGCUGUUUAUACCACUAAUCCCAAAGCUGCCCUUCAUUUAGCAUGGGACAGGUUAGAAGAAUGUUAUGCUACACCAGAAGUAGUAGAAAAUGCUUUGUUUAAAAAACUAGACAGCUUCCUUACAAAUAGAGACAAUGUAAAACUCAGGGAACUAGAAGAUUUGCUCCUAGAGCUGGAGGUUGCAAAAAAUGAAUCUUAUCUCCCAGGCCUCGCUUACCUCGACACACCACGAGGUGUUAAGCCCAUAGCGGAAAGGCUACCUCCAAGUUUGCAAGAUAAAUGGCUUCACGCAGGUUCAAAAUACAAGCAAAAAUAUCAAGUAACAUUCCCUCCCUUCUCAUAUUUUGUGAAGUUUGUCCAAGAGGAGGCAAAAGCGAGAAACGAUCCAARUUUUGUGACAUGCAACAACCAACCUUUCAACAGAGGUGAGAGACCAUCAUUUAAACAAACUGGCUACAAACCUCCUCUAACUGUAARCAGAACAGAAGUCAGUACAACCACUCUUCCUACUACGAAAGAGGAGGAUSUAACGCRUUACUGCCCAGUCCACAGGAAAUCACAUCCACUUGCAAAAUGCAGAGCUUUCCRGAUCAAACCAAUUCARGAAAGACGAAACAUACUCAAAGAACACAGACGGUGUUUUCGUUGUUGUUCUCCUAUGCACACAAUAAAGGACUGUGAUAUGAAUGUCAGUUGUGAGGAGUGCCAAAGUGAAAAACAUUGCUCUGCCAUGCACCCUGAUGUGAUUCAACAACCCCGGCCAGAAAGCACACCUGAACCAGAGCCUCAGCUCCAAGACAACACGCCACCUGAGGUAACGUCACGGUGCACUGAGAUCUGCGGUAAAGGCUGUCCCCCAUGUUCUUGCUCUAAGGUAUGCCUAGUUCGAGUGUUCCCUAAAGGUCAACCAGAACGCUCUGUCAAGAUGUAUGUGAUCCUUGACGAUCAGAGCAAAUGCUCACUGGCUCAUCCCGAAUUCUUUGAGCUGUUUGGCAUCCAGGGAAGUCAUCUGACAUACCAUUUGAGAACAUGUGCUGGUCUAACUGAAAUGUGUGGCAGGAAAACAGUCAGGUUCCUAAUAGAGCCAGUAGGUGGAGGCCCAUGUCUAGACCUCCCUCCUCUCAUUGAAUGUGAUGAGAUAGUGUUUAAUAGAGAUGAAAUACCUAUGCCUGAAGUUGCUCUGGCCCAUGCUCAUUUGAAACACCUCGCUCCUCUCACACCAAAGUAUGAUCCAGAUGCUGAGAUAGCAAUUUUACUCGGCAGAGACAUCAUACAAGUGCACAAAGCACGAAAACAAGUAAAUGGACCCCCCUGCGCUCCCUUGGUCUAA